UGCGCGGCCGCGGCCUCACCUGGAGCGGCGCGUUGAAACGGGCGGGUUCGCGGCGCGGCGCUCGGUGGCGGCGGGGCCAUGUGCGGGUCGCGCUCCGGGCUCUGCCCGCUCCUCCUCCUCCUCUUGCUCGCCGCCGCCCCGGCUCGGCCGUGUUCCCCCCCGGGGCCGCGCCGCGGAUCGCUCCCGGCUCCCGCGACCUUAGGACGCGGCGUGGUGCUGGAUGACAUCGAGGAGCCCCACGUCGGGGCGCUGCCCGUGGCUCCCCGGGAUGCCAGCAGCCCGUGGGUCCCCAUGCGCAGCAGGCGCUCCCUGCAGGAGGUCCCUGAUGUCCUUCAUGCUCAAACCGCUCUGAGGAGGCAGAAGAGGGAUUGGGUGAUCCCUCCCAUCAAAGUUCCUGAGAAUGAGAGGGGUCCCUUCCCUAAAAACUUGGUUCAGAUCAAAUCCAACCGGGACCGGGAGGCAAAGAUUUUCUACAGCAUCACUGGGCAGGGAGCGGAUGCUCCCCCCGAGGGCAUCUUCACCAUUGAGAAGGAGACGGGCUGGAUGAAGGUGACGCAGCCGCUGGACCGGGAGCACAUCGACAAGUACCAUCUCUACUCCCAUGCCGUGUCUGAGAAUGGCAAACCCGUGGAGGAGCCGAUGGAGAUCAUAGUGACGGUGACGGACCAAAAUGACAACAAGCCUCAGUUCACACAGGAGGUGUUCCGAGGCUCCGUGCCCGAAGGCGCGCUGCCAGGCACUUCAGUGAUGCAGGUGAACGCCACGGAUGCUGACGAUGAUGUGGAGACCUACAACGGUGUUAUCGCCUACUCCAUCCUCAGCCAGGAGCCGCGAGAGCCCCAUCCCCACAUGUUCACCGUCAACCGCGCCACCGGCACCCUCAGCGUCAUCGCCAGCGGCCUCGACCGGGAGCGCGUGCGGGAAUACACGCUGACCAUGCAGGCGGCCGACCUGGACGGGCAGGGGCUGACCACGACGGCGCUGGCUGUGAUUGAGAUCACGGAUGUCAAUGACAACGCCCCUGAGUUUGAGCCCAAAAUGUAUGUGGCGGCUGUGCCAGAGAAUGAGGCCGAGCUGGAGGUGGCCCGGUUGGCCACCACGGACCUGGAUGAGCCACAGACAGCAGCGUGGCGUGCAGUCUACUCCAUCGUGCGUGGCAAUGAGGGCGGUGCCUUCACCAUCACCACUGACCCUGCCAGCAAUGAGGGUGUCCUGCGCACGGCCAAGGUCGUGUCCCCUGCUUGUCCCUGUACCACAGCCACCAGCCCUGGGUGGUGCUGCCUAUCCUGUCGCCUCCCACAGGGUCUGGACUAUGAGGCCAAGCGGCAGUUCGUGCUCCAUGUGGCCGUGGUCAAUGAAGCUCCCUUCGCCAUCAAGCUGCCCACAGCCACGGCCACAGUGACGGUCAGUGUGGAGGAUGUGAACGAGGCGCCCGCCUUUGACCCGCCGCUGCGGCUGGCCCAGGUGCCGGAGGAUGUGCCUCUGGGGCAGCCCCUCGCCUCCUAUACAGCCCAGGAUCCUGACAGAGCCCAGCAGCAGCGCAUCAAGUACGUGAUGGGCAGUGACCCCGCGGGCUGGCUGGCUGUGCACCCCGAGAACGGCAUCAUCACAGCACGGGAGCAGCUGGACCGUGAGUCCCCGUUCACCAAGAACAGCACCUACAUGGCCGUGCUGCUGGCUGUAGAUGACGGAUUGCCACCUGCCACAGGCACCGGCACGCUGCUCCUCACCCUGCUGGAUGUCAAUGACCAUGGCCCUGAGCCCGAGCCCCGUGACAUCGUCAUCUGUAACCGCAGCCCCGUGCCCCAGGUGCUGACCAUCACCGACCGGGACCUGCCCCCCAACACAGGGCCAUUCCGUGCUGAGCUGAGCCAUGGUUCUGGGGACAGCUGGGCGGUGGAGGUUGGCAGUGGAGGUGACACCGUUGCCUUGUGGCUGACGGAGCCCCUGGAGCAGAACCUGUACAGCGUCUACCUGCGGCUCUUUGACCGCCAGGGCAAGGACCAGGUCACCGUCAUCAGGGCACAAGUGUGCGACUGCCAGGGCCGGGUGGAGAGCUGUGCCCAGAAGCCACGGGUGGAUACCGGAGUGCCCAUCGUGCUCGCCGUGCUGGGCGCCGUGCUGGCUCUGCUGCUCGUGUUACUGCUGCUGCUUCUCCUGGUGAGGAGGAGGAAGGUGGUGAAGGAGCCGCUGCUGCUGCCUGAGGACGACACGAGGGACAACAUCUUCUACUACGGGGAGGAAGGUGGGGGUGAGGAGGACCAGGACUACGAUCUGAGCCAGCUGCACCGCGGCCUGGACGCCCGUCCCGAGGUGAUCCGCAAUGAUGUGGCCCCCCCGCUGAUGGCCGCCCCCCAGUACCGGCCCCGGCCCGCCAACCCCGAUGAGAUCGGAAACUUCAUUGACGAGAACCUGAAGGCGGCCGACACGGACCCCACGGCCCCCCCCUACGACUCGCUGCUGGUGUUCGACUACGAGGGCGGCGGCUCGGAGGCCACCUCGCUCAGCUCCCUCAACUCCUCCGCCUCCGACCAGGACCAGGACUACGACUACCUCAACGAGUGGGGCAACCGCUUCAAGAAGCUGGCGGAGCUCUAUGGCGGCGGGGAGGACGACGACCGCGGGGGCGACGGUGGCACCGAAGGGCGCUGCUCGUCCCGGGCCGGAAAGGAGCGCCGCAGUUCGCAGAAGGGGCGACAGCUGGAGGGAGGGAGGAAAGAGGAAGGGGACCGAACCCGCCGCCCCCUCAUCCCCCCGUGGGCCUCGUGCCCGUGGAAGGUGCGGGGCCGCCGGGCGGGACGGAGGGGGCAGGAGGGGACAGAAAGGGAAAGGGCUGACGCCUCUCUCGGGCAGGUGUGCGGCUGGCGGUGUGAUGAGGCAGCCCCCUGCCAGCCCGGCUUUGCUGCAGAGACCUUCACCUUCAGUGUGCCCCGGGACAGCGUGGCGGCGGGCAAGGAGCUGGGACGAGUGAGCUUUGCAGCCUGCGGCGGCCAGCCAUGGGCCGUGUAUGUCCCGGCUGAUACACGCUUCAAGGUGAACGUGGAUGGCGUCGUCUCAACGAAACGGCCACUGACGCUCCAUGGGAGGGAGAUCAGCUUCAUCAUCUACGCACGGGACGCCACGGGCCAGAGGCACUCAGCCCAGGUGACCGUGGGCAGGCAGAGGAACCACCACCACCACAGCCACCACCUGCAGGACAUGACGCCGGCUGUGUUGAGCUUCCCCAAGCACAACUCCAGCUUCCUCCGGAGGCAGAAGAGGGAUUGGGUCAUCCCCCCCAUCAGCUGCCUCGAGAACCACCGCGGGCCCUACCCCAUGAGGCUGGUGCAGAUCAAAUCCAACAAGGACAAGGAGUCCAAGGUGUACUACAGCAUCACAGGGCAGGGCGCGGACAGCCCGCCCGUGGGCAUCUUCGUCAUCGAGCGCGAGACGGGGUGGCUGGAGGUGACCGAGCAGCUGGACCGGGAGAAGAUCGAUCGCUACACCCUCUUCUCCCACGCCGUGUCGGCCAGCGGGCAGCCUGUGGAGGACCCCAUGGAGAUCAUCAUCACGGUGAUGGACCAGAACGACAACAGACCCGUGUUCAUCAAGGAGGUCUUCGUCGGCUACAUCGAGGAGAACGCAAAGCCGGGCACCUCCGUGAUGACCGUGAGCGCCACGGACGCGGACGACGCGGUGAACACUGACAACGGCAUCGUCAGCUACUCCAUCGUCAGCCAGCAGCCGCCCAGCCCGCACCCCCAGAUGUUCACCAUCGACCCGGCCAAGGGCAUCAUCAGCGUGCUGGGCACGGGGCUGGACCGGGAGACCACUCCCAACUACACGCUGAUUGUCCAGGCCACGGACCAGGAGGGCAAGGGCCUGUCCAACACCGCCACGGCCGUCAUUGAGGUCACGGAUGCCAACGACAACAUUCCCAUCUUCGACCCUACCAUGUACGAAGGGGUGGUGGAAGAGAACAAGCCGGGUAUAGAGGUGGCCAGGCUGACCGUGACGGACCAAGACACACCAGGCUCCCCAGCCUGGCAAGCUGUUUACCACAUCAAGAGUGGAGACCAGGAUGGUGCCUUCAGCAUUAUCACUGACCCCAGCACCAACAAUGGCAUCCUGAAGACAGCCAAGGGCCUGGAUUAUGAGACCAAGAACCGCUACGACCUGGUGGUGACGGUGGAGAACAAAGUGGCCCUGUCCGUGCCCAUCACACUGUCCACGGCCAGCGUCCUGGUGACCGUCUUGGACGUGAAUGAGCCCCCUGUCUUUGUGCCCCCUAUCAAGAGGGUGGGGGUAUCAGAGGACCUACCAGUGGGGCACGAGGUUACAUCCUACACAGCCCAAGAUCCUGACAGGGACGUGAGGCAGAAAAUCACGUACCGCAUGGGCAGCGACCCGGCAGGCUGGCUGACUAUUGACUCCGAGAACGGCAUCGUCACGGCUGCCCAGCCACUGGACCGCGAGUCGGUGCAUGCCAUCAACAGCACAUACAAGGCUAUCAUCCUGGCUGUGGACAAUGGGAUACCGGAUGCCACCGGGACGGGGACGCUGCUGCUGCUCCUCCAGGACGUGAAUGACAACGGCCCCACACCAGAGCCCCGGUCCUUUGAGAUCUGCAACCGGCAGCCUGAGCAGCAGAUGCUGAGCAUUGUUGACAAGGACCUGCCCCCACAUACCUACCCUUUCAAGGCAGCACUGGAGCAUGGUUCCGGCAACAACUGGACUGUUGCAAUAAGGGGCCAAGAUGAGCUGGCCCUAAGCCUGAAAAAGGAGCUGGAGCCGGGUGAGUACAACAUCUUCCUGAAGCUGAUGGACAGCCAGGGCAAGGCACAGGUGACGCAGGUCAAAGCCCAGGUGUGUGAGUGUGAAGGGACAGCGAAGAACUGCGAGCGGAGGUCGUACAUCGUCGGUGGGCUGGGUGUCCCUGCCAUCCUGGGCAUCCUGGGGGGCAUCCUUGCCCUGCUGAUUCUGCUGCUGCUGUUGCUGCUCUUUGCCCGGCGACGCAAAGUGGAGAAGGAGCCGCUGCUGCCACCCGAGGAUGACAUGCGGGACAAUGUCUACAAUUACGAUGAGGAGGGUGGCGGUGAGGAGGACCAGGACUACGAUCUGAGCCAGCUGCACCGCGGCCUGGACGCCCGUCCCGAGGUGAUCCGCAAUGAUGUGGCCCCCCCGCUGAUGGCCGCCCCCCAGUACCGGCCCCGGCCCGCCAACCCCGAUGAGAUCGGAAACUUCAUCGACGAGAACCUGAAGGCGGCCGACACGGACCCCACGGCCCCCCCCUACGACUCGCUGCUGGUGUUCGACUACGAGGGCGGCGGCUCGGAGGCCACCUCGCUCAGCUCCCUCAACUCCUCCGCCUCCGACCAGGACCAGGACUACGACUACCUCAACGAGUGGGGCAACCGCUUCAAGAAGCUGGCGGAGCUCUAUGGCGGCGGGGAGGACGACGACUAGGCAGACCUCGUCCCCUUGGCUGGCCCGCCGCAUGGCUCUUGCCAUUUCACCCCCUCGGACAUGCACUGGCUCUUGCAGCCAAAGCCCCCUCCAACAGCAUUGGAUCCGUCACUCGCAUCCCUCUCCUUCGGUGCAGGGAAAGCUCAGGGUCACCGGGGCUGGAGGCUUUUGGGGAGCCCACGCUUUUCCUGCCCCCUCAGCCCCACACAGUCCCAUUUAGAGCUCCUUGGGAACAGGCUGGUGGCAGGCGCUCCCUGGCCUGGAGGAGCGGUGCUCCUGGGUCAGCUCCCAGUGCCUGAAUCCCACAGCCCUCACCGCACGGCUGGUGCUCAGCAUCCCUCCCCCUGCAAGGAAAGAGGCCCCCGCUGCCUCUCUCCCUUUGUUACAGAGGAAGGGGUUCCUCCAGCACUCUCUGUAAUACCUCGUGCUCCCAACCCCGAUGUCACCGCCACGCUCAGGGUUUGGGAUGGCCUUUGUGUGGAGCUGCUCGUGCGUGUGCAGUGCAGGGUGGGUGAUCAAUCACACAGACCAAUGACGUGCCAUUCCCUUUGCAUCAUACACGAGAGAAUUAUAUUUGAUAAGAGUACUUACGGUCAGAUUUCUAUUUUUUUGUAUAACAGGUGAUGAUGUUAUUUCCAUCUGUGUCGUUUGUAAUUAUUGUUCUGUUAAUGAGAGGUGCUUUCUGAAAUCAAGUGGCUUUACUUAAACUCUGAACUCCAUGUCUAGCUGUUGUUUUGUAUUUUUAAUAUGGGAAAAGGGCCCGAUGCACGCUGGAAGGCCAGCGAUUGUCUAAGUGUUAAUUGAUGGAAUGAUUUUUAUAUAAAAUUGAAAGAAUAAAUUGUAAGAAAACCA